AAUAUUUUAAAAAAAAAAUGCACUAGGCACACUUUAGAGCCACAAACCAGCAUUUUCCAUCCAAAAAAAUACAUGUUAUAAUAAUACCCUUUCCAAAGAAUCAAUCCCCACUGCAGUGGGACCCAACAAUCCGAUGCACCUCAAACACUCUGCUGUGACAGCGUGAGACUUGGUAGGGGCCGGCCCGCCGAUCACUCUAUGAUCGGAGAAUUAAAUCCCAAUGUUGCAAAGCUCUGACAACAGAGCACUCGUGCCAUAUAUUCAUUAAAAAGGAAAAUCAGAUGGUGGUGGCAGUAACUAAGCAGGUCGAUGUCUUGGGGGCAUCUUGGCGUACUAUCAUCGCUUGAAACAGCAAUACAAAACUCCAUAAAUGGCCAAGUAAAGAGGUAGAAAAUGUGUUUAUUACUGUGGGAACUGUACCCAAAUCUUCACUUUCCUGUGACUUUUUUCAUCUCCCUAACUUUGGAACACAAAAAAGGUGAGCUAAAAAGCAAAUCCUAUACGCACACCAGGGCACAGAAAUACAACAUGAAAGACGGGUCUAUAUACGGAGUCAUCACUGUGCAUGUGUUUGACUAUGCCGCCCAAAACCUCCCUUUAAAUUCUUUUCUCUGCCUUUCAUUUCCUUGUGCUCUUCCACACCUCUCCUUUUGCUUUGCCUCACAAAAUACAACAAAGAGAAGCUCCCCGUCCCCCCUCUCCCUCUCACCCUUUCUCUCCCUCUCUCAACAUAUCCUAAGAAAAAAGAUGGGGUCAGCGUCUUUGAGCUUUCUCAAGCAGAAUAACAUUAUACACCUCAAGAUUCUCAUGGUUUUAUUCUUAAGCUGUAUACCUGAUAGAACAAAUCUUUGUUCUAACAACUCUUUUGCCACUCUAACGGUUCCACCACGUUUCAAUUCGACCAAUAUCAGUCUUUCAUCAUUGGAAACACUUACUCUAGAUGGGUACUUCAGUUUUGAGAAUAAUCACCAUGCAGCCAAGGACUUUGGCAACCUAUAUCAUUUCCUCCCAUCAGCAGUCCUACACCCAAAAUCAGUUUCUGAUAUUUCCACCACGAUAAGGCAUAUUUUCAAAAUGGGUUCUGCUUCAGAGCUCACUGUUGCUGCCAGAGGCCAUGCUCACUCCAUCCAGGGUCAAGCUCAAGCCCAUCAAGGCAUAGUUAUCAACAUGGAAUCACUUCAGGGACUUAAAAUGCAAGUUCAUACUGGAGAUAUGCCUUACGUAGAUGUUUCAGGUGGUGAGUUGUGGAUAAAUAUUCUGCAUGAAACUCUCAAACAUGGGCUGGCUCCUAAAUCUUGGACAGAUUACCUUCAUCUCACUGUUGGGGGUACUCUGUCAAAUGCUGGAAUUAGCGGGCAGGCAUUCCAGCAUGGACCCCAGAUCAACAACGUCUACCAGCUUGAAGUUGUCACAGGAAAGGGAGAAGUGGUUACCUGUUCUGAGAAACAAAAUGCUGACCUCUUCUAUGCUGUUCUUGGUGGGCUUGGACAAUUUGGCAUCAUCACCCGAGCUAGGAUUUCUCUUGGACCAGCACCAAAGAUGGUGAAAUGGAUUAAAGUGCUCUACUCGGAAUUCUCCACAUUUUCCAAAGAUCAAGAGCACUUGAUAUCAUCUGAGAAUUCAUUCGACUACGUUGAAGGAUUCGUAAAUAUAAACAGAACCGGCAUUCUUAAUAACUGGAGAUCUUCUUUCAGUCCCAAGGACCCGCUUCAAGCCAAUAAAUUCACUUCAGAUGGAAGAACUCUCUACUGUCUUGAAAUGGUCAAAUACUUCAACCCAGAUGAGACUAAAACUAUGAAUCAGCAGGAUAUUAAGAACUUACUGUCGCAGUUGAAUUAUAUUCCGUCCACACUCUUCCUGUCAGAAGUUUCUUAUGUGGAAUUUCUGGAUAGAGUUCAUGUGUCUGAGAGAAAACUACGAGCAAAAGGUUUGUGGGAAGUUCCUCACCCAUGGCUGAAUCUUCUCGUCCCCAAGAGCAGAAUUUCUGUUUUCGCUGAGGAGGUCUUUGGCAACAUUCUUACAGACACAAGCAAUGGUCCUAUCAUUAUCUACCCAGUCAACCAAUCCAAGUGGAACAACAAAACAUCUUUAGUUACCCCAGAUGAAGACAUUUUCUACCUAGUGGCAUUUUUAUCCUCUGCAAUGCCAUCUUCUACGGGAACAGAUGGCUUAGAACACAUUUUAACACAAAACAAAAGGAUUCUAGACUUCUGCGCCACAGCCCAACUUGGAAUGAAGCAAUACCUGCCCCACUACAACACACAUGAAGAGUGGCAAACUCACUUUGGCUCUCUCUGGGAAGUAUUUGUACAGAGGAAAUCAACCUAUGACCCUUUGGCAAUUCUUGCUCCUGGACAAAGAAUCUUCCAGAAGGCAGUACGCACUUCAUGAUAGAUUGAUGCUGGCCACACAGAUGGCCACACGGUAUGUAUAUGGCCAAAAAAAUAGUAAACUACGACAGUUGUCCUAUACAUCUUUGGCUCUCAAUAACAAAUGAAGUACAAACAAGAAGGCUGUGGGCCAGUUGAAACUUUGUUGGGAACUCUGGUAGAAAAUUCAAAAGUGCAAAGAGAAGAUCGCACUAUGAGUUAGAUGUAAGGCAUCAACCUCACUAAAAAAAACCUUUUUAAGUGUAUUGAACAGAGAGAUAUGUACAGUAAUGUCCGUGUGAUUCCACAUAUAAGAUCAGAAGACAUCUCUACGAUGAAAGUAACAGUGUGCUAACAAAAAGACGAAAUUCCUCUUCAAAAUAAACUCAUAUCAUGAACUAACGUGUUGUGAUCGUACUUAAAGUCUUACAAUUAUAAGAAACGUCAAGUGCAACAACUUGCGCAUGCGAGCAAAAACUGAACUAAUCCACUUCUGUAGAUUCUGUCCAGCCAGUCCGCAUUGUUAUGAAACACCGCUUUUAGAUUACAUGGGGAGAUAUGCGUGCAUCGUGGAUAGUGGCUUCAAAGUCAGUAGAAUCAAUUGUAAUAGGAAGAAAGUUAAUUAUCAUCCCAAGCUCCAAAGCCUCUCCAUAUAGCGUCAUCAGUUGUAAUAAGGGCCUCCAUGUCAACUUCUCCAGAAGCCUUCAUAAUUCCUUCUGGAGAUGCAUGUUUCAGAACAUUUUCUUCAACUUUCCAAUGAAUGUCUACAGAAUUUCCAAGAGGACUUGAAACCAGAUUAAGAACGUAUUUUCCAAGAGGACUUAAAACCGGAUUUAGAACACAUUUUCCAUCCUUCUCACACCAAUUGAGUUUUGAUACUUUGAUCCGCACUAA